AUGACUGACUUUGAUACUCUCAGUCAUCUCACUCGACCCGGGGUUGAGAAGCUUCCCAUAUUGGAAAGCCAGCCCCCAAAGAUCAACACCCGCUAUGUCGUCAAGUCUACCACCAAAGCCAACGUCAAGGCAUCCAGCCAGGAUGUCCAGGCCGAGACUUGGUUCAAGACACCACCCCUCACGGCGCAAACAAUCCGCAUGAUUCGUGCUGUCAAAUUGUUUGCCGAAUCGCACGAUCAGGGCUCGGUCGGCGAUUUAGUGUCGGGCAACUGGACUUGGUUCCAGUUGGCCAUUUUCGAAAACGAAAACUCGACGACUCCCAAGAAGAUGGCAGACGGCCAAGAGCUGAUUGCCACGAGCCACGCAAACAAGGUCGGUUCGACCAAGUUUGAGUGGCUCGAGGGCGGCACGGUGGACACGAGGCGAGUAUUUCUAAAGGCACUCGAGCCAAACAAUGUCAUCGCGGUUCGCCUUUGUGCUCGCUUCCAGGGCUGGGAGAUUUUUGCGAAUACCGGGUACCUCGUUCUCGACAUCGCGGAAGAUAACAGUCCUUACCCGGUCAUUCCCAUCAAGAUUUCCCCUACAGAGCCAAUCCCUACCCGUCGCUGCGUGCGAAUGUGGUACAACGAGUCCAAGACGUCUUACCAGACAGGUCUUCAGGUGUCGCUGUUUCUCCGCGCCUUGACGACAUUUCAAGAAAUGUGUCCCGAAAACCAGGCAUCCUAUUUCCGCAUCGCCGGGAUCCACGGCCAUCCAUACAACGUGUCGUGGAACAUGGGGCAGCCCAUCAUCCCCAUAGGCGACCCGCGUCUCAAUAACUUCAAAAAAGCUGACCAGGGCGGCUUUUACUGCCGUCACAAUGACGACUUGUUUCCUACUUGGCACAGACGCCGGGUCAGCGACCUGAUGAUGGAGGAAGCCAGAACCCGUGAGAAGCAGCCUGGUGGCUGGGCUCUUGCUGCAAAGGAUUGGCGUCUGCCGUAUUGGGACUGGGCGGCCGAAACUAGUCUCCCUGAGAUUGCCAUUAGCGAGAAAAUCGAGGUGAUCAAGUCCUGGGACGGUAAACAGGAAAGCCGCCCCGAAAUGGAGAAGAUUGACAACCCAAUGUACCGCUUCCGGAUGCCUGGUCUGAAGCCCAUGGGCGACGACUCGUACGGCGACUAUCGCAUCGUCUUCAACAGCGAUACAUACGACUUCGAAGCACCCGUCGGCACCAGUCGCCAUGGCAUCACUCUACGCGACGCGGAGCGAAAGUGGGUGAUGGGAUACACCGACGUCGACAAAGUGAACCGGAACCUCAAGGGCCAGGACAAAUUCAAGCGAACGCUCCAGGACUCAGUGUUUCGCCUGCUCACCCAACAGUACGCUACCAAAUACGUUCGGUUUGCCUCGACCAAGUACGAUCCAGAGGAGGGCGAAAAGGCCGUCGGCGCAACGGACAGCGAGUAUCUGAACUUGGAGCAAAUCCACAACAGCAUCCAUGUCUACGUUGGCGGCUCUUCCGUCAAAGAAGGCUAUGGCCACAUGAUGUUUCCCGAAGUCGCUGCCUUUGAUCCCAUCUUCUGGAUGCACCACUGCAACAUUGACCGGCUGUUUCACCUGUGGCAAUGCUCCAACCCGUCCAACUGGUUCCACCGGACAAGAAACGUGGGCGGGAUUGACGAAUUCGGCGCGCAGGAGCCGCUCAAGCCGUUCCACGUGUCGUACACGCCCGGGGACUUUUGGGAUUCCAACAGGGUCCGGAACCCGGACGCGCUCAACUACACGUACGACUACGUCAAUGAAAUGACGGAUGAGUUUGGCGAUAUUAUCCCGGAAAAGAGCAAUCUCUAUAUUAACAAGCGAUACGGUCCUGACAAAAAAGACUUUGAAGUGGUGGCGCCGCAGUUCGACCCUGUCAUCAACAUCAUUUAUGAUCGAUAUGCUCUGAACGGCGCACCCUACUUCCUGCUCUUCUUCUUGGGCCAGCCCAACUCGCAGGUGCACUGGCGAAAGCAGGAUUGUCUGAUCGGCAACGUCUUCACCUUCAGCGCGCGCUUCAGCGAGGAGGAAAUCACCUGCACCAACUGCUACAAGCAGAAGCAGAAGCACAUCCUCUCGCGCGCGCAAAUUCCGAUGACGGCCGUGGUGGACAAGGAUCAUCGCGUGGACCGAGAGACGGCCCGCAACUACUUGGAGAAGAAUCUCAAGUGGACGGCGAUUCACGACAAUGACAGGCCGGUGGACAGGAAGAAGCUCAAGGAUCUGAAGAUUACGCUGUCGGUCGGGCUGAAUGAGCUGCGCAAGGAUCUCGGCAUGGAGUCCAUGUUUAAAUUCGGCCAUUACGAGACUGUGAAAUUUGAUUGGGACAAGGCCUAUAUUCAGCUAAUGCUGCUGCCAAGGAGCUGUAUUACCGCGUACAAAGCUUGCCGCUCGACUGCUCGCCGGGUCUCGCGCGUUGCUGCCGUCCCAGCUGCGCCCUCGCUGCGGUGUCCGCUCCGCCAUGCCCAGGGUCGCUCUCCUACAUCGCUUCACUUUUCGACAGCGGCGCAGGCCCCUGAAUACAAAUGGAUCAACGGCGUGGAGCGGCUGGACCUGUAUGCCGAGGGAGGCUAUCAUCCAGUCGAGAUUGGACACGUCCUAGACCAUCGAUACCGUGUCGUCGGAAAGCUCGGCUACGGCGGCUGGUCCACCGUCUGGCUCGCUCGCGAUGAGCGGCUGGGAGGCUACGUCGCCCUCAAACAUCUGGAGUACACAAGCAGCAUGGCCGAACGCGAUCCAACCCCAGCCACCGCCGAGGCCGGCUUCAUCUUUUCCAUGUCGCCUCCAGAAAAUCCCUACAUCGCAGACCCCUAUUUCCAGCGCAUUCUCAGCACAUACCUGCCCAAAGAGAUGCUCGCGCAAGUGACGCCGGCGUUGACUGCAUUCGCGCAAGAGACGAUUUCGCCGCAGAUACGCGAAUGGAACCUCAACGCGGAGAGGCAGCCGCCGUUUGUGGAAAAGCACAGCGUGUGGGGUGCGCGGCAUGAUGUGGACAGACUGGUGACGAGCGAAGGCUGGAGAGGCCUGCGUAAAUGGGGUGCUCAGGAAGGCACUGUCGCCAUCGGCUACGAGAAUCAAAACCACCUCUUUUCACCCGUUUCCGGGCUGACGGGCUGUCCCCUCUCCAUGACCGACGGCACCGCCCGUCUUCUCCGCGCCGAGUUGCCCAACCUACCCGCCUCUCAUCCCUUCCACGAGGCCUACCGGCGCCUGACGGCCCGCACCGACCAACUGGACAUCGGGCCAGUGGAUGACGGAGCAGGCCGACUACCUCGUGUCGGGCUUUUCAAGUUCUUCUCCUCGGCCACCGACGCCGACGUCACCAUGCUGCUCGCCAAGACGGCGGCCAGCGCCUUUCUCGCGCCGCUGACCAGGACCACUGUCGCCGAGGACGGCCAGCGCCCACCGUCGUCACCAACGGCGCAGCUGCCGACCGCGGAGCUCGCCAUGACGGACAUGCGCGCGCAUCUCGUCAGCCUGCUCGACCGCGGCGUCGCCACACCAUCUCGCACCUCCUCAACCGCUUCGCAGCGCGCGCCGCAACCGUGUUUCGGCUACCCGCUGUGGGGGCGCUGCCGCUGCAUCUGCGCACGCCUCGCCGACGUCGAGGUGCGGCGUGGCGCGGCUUCGCCCAGCUCGGGCUUCUUCACCGCCGUCACCAGCAAGAACGCCGUCCUCACCAUGCAGGAGUGCAUCGAGGCCCUCGGCGGCGUCGGCUACAUGGACGACCCGGACGACCCGGACAACAUGGCCCGGCGCGCUCCGGGACAUUUUCCGUCAACCCCCAUCUGGGAGGGCACCACCAAUGUUCUGAGCAAGCCAUUGCGGGCCAUCGCAAAUGACGCGUACCGUGGACGCGUUGCAAGCGGUCCUGGGAGACGUUUGCACAACCGUCUGCGGACGAACAAGGACUGCGUUUUUGACGUGCUGUCUGUUGGCCGCAACGUCAUGUUCAGUUUCACGUGGAUCGUGGUCGGCGUCCUCCUCGCGUGGGAUAGCCAGCGCGACAAGGACGAGCUCGCAGACGAGACGGGCCCGCCGCUCCAUUCUCAAAGGCGAGGGCGGCUUCCGGGAAUGGCUGCUCCCCGACGUCGGUCAGCCGGCAACAGGGGCCCGAUUUGA